AUGAAUACCGAGCAGUCAGAUGUGAUUGAAAAUUCCGUGACUGUGGAAAUCAAAGACAAGACGGAAGACAUCAACCAAUUUGAUUCUGUGUCAAAUGUGCGUUCUCAGCCGGAUAGAUCAAGAGAAAUGGUAUCAAAGCAGGCACUGAAAGAUUCAACGAAUACACAACACAUGGACAGUAACAAACGAGUGGAGGGAGGAGGCACAACACAGAGCCAUGAAUCGGCACCAUAUGUGGCUCCCCCUCAAAAAAUAAAAAAGAUGAAGAGAGGGAUAUUCAUUUCUUACUCUCCAGAUGCUGGGUUUGUUGAGAGGAAGUUUGUGGUGGACACAGUGCGGCAGCUGAAGGAAAACAAUCUUGCAGAAGACAUUUGGUUUGAUAAAGAUGAAAAAAAUACUGACAGUCCAGUGUGGUUCUCUUUGCGCAUGGAGGCAGUGGAAAAAUGCCGGGCCUCCAUUCUCUUCUUUUCCCCAAGUUACUUUUCUUGUCCUGUGUCAAUGUAUGAAAGUAAAACACUUCUACAAAGACGACGACAAGAUCCACACUCUGUAGCCAUAUUUCCCAUUAUCUUCUCAUCAUUAGACAACACUGAAAUUCCAAAAGAUUAUUUUUUAUUAAUAAAACAUGCUGUAGAUUUAAGUAAAGACCAUGUAAAAAAGAGUCUAGCUGAGAAAACGUCUGUUGUGAUAGGGGGUAUCAUGGAAGAGCUAGAUAAAUAUGCCUCCAUGAACAUCCCCCCUACACCUGUGACACCACCUGACACAGAGUUCACAGAAGAGUACAAAAAGAAAAAGAUAUGUCAGUGGAGUGCUAGUGAUCUACAGGAAUGGCUCUUCAAUUUGGGAAUAAAGGAAUUUUAUCGUCAAAGUUUGGCUGAAAAUAUGGUGGAUGGAUUUCUCCUGAUGUCACUGACUGACCAUGACAUGAUACAACACCUUGGAAUUGAUAGUCGUGUAGUUCGCAAAAAAAUCAUGCAGCAGAUUCUUAUUACUCUGGACUCUGAACACAAACAGAAAGACAACUGGCAUCUACGAGCACGUGCUCUGCGUGCCAAACCUGAUGUCAUCUAUCUGGUGUAUGAUCCUGCAGAUGUCCGUCUUGCACAGAACCUCAAAGCUGACUUAAAGAAGAAAAAUCUGCAGGUGCUUCACCAUGACAGUAUGAAGCUAGGAAAGUCAAAGGAAGAGUUCCUGCUCAUAAAUGGUCCAGUCAUGGCGACAUCCUCCCAAAUUGUGGUCCUUCUAACAGAAGCUUCCACCACCUCUCCAUUUGUCUUCCAUGAAGUCUUGUUUGCAGACUGGCUAGGCAAGAAACUUGUCACUGCCAUGUUUAAAAAUGUCUGGAUGAAUUUCAGAGCUUCUCUCAAAGCGGUGCUGGGUGAAUGCCCUUCUGUGGAUUUUGAAACCAAAAUGUAUAAUGAGAGUCUUGAUGUGUUGGAGCACCAUAUCAAACCCUUAAGGCGAGUUCCAGGUGUGGUCCUUGAACAGGCGUACCUCAACAAGAUGGCAGAGGGCCUAAAACCCCUUGAGGUCCUUGGCACUGUUUCACCAGGUGGAACCCAUUCUCAGUACUACAAGGAAGGUGAACCUCAAGUAUUUAUCAGUUACCAGUGGGAUAUGCAAGGGAAAGUGCUUGACAUCAAACAAAUGCUUGAAAACAAUGGUCUUCAGUGCUGGGCAGAUAUCACAAUGGCUAGUACUACCCAACCACGUGGUCACAGUAGCAAGAGUAGCCGCAGUAGUGUAACACUGCUGGAGGUUGGGGGCGAGACAUUGCAGAGUCAGAUCCAGCGAAACAUGAAGGCCUCAGCUGUAGUGGUAUGCUGCAUCACCCCGAAAUACCUCCAGAGUGACAACUGCAAGAAAGACCUAACUCUGGCCGAGACAUUCAACAAACCAAUCAUUCCUGUACUCCUCAGGUUCUCUCCCCUUGAAAGUGCACCAGACCAGGUGCGAAAGAUUAUUGCCAAAUAUAGUUGUGUGGAUCUGAGUAAUGACCGCCUUUACAAACAGCACAUGGCAGCAGUACUGGAGAGAGUGAAAAAGUAUGUAGUGCCACGGGGAUACAGCUGAUUAUUGAGGGCAUUUAUACCGGACGUUAUGUGAUAUUUUGUAAAGUUUAUGUUUAUA